AUGCCGGUUAACAUGGGAAUUAAAGGAAAAGAGUCGUGCCCUCGGAGUCUGGAAUGCGCUUUGCUGCGGCGCGAGUUCUGCCUCCCCGGAUCGUAUGCCUGUGGCCCGUGUCUCUCUCAGUUCGUCGAGGACGGAGACGGCCAGUGCGUCCCCAAGGCACGGCCGGCCGGCGGGCGACCCAGCGCUCCCAACCUAGAGGAAGAAGUUGAUUUAGUGGCGGAGGUGCUGUCCAAACAGGAUAAUGCUCAGCAGGAUGGAACCCCGGCCCCCGUGGGCAAGCACCCCAGGAUCGGUGCGCCGAAGUCCGAGCCCUCGCCAAAGGGGCAGGCGGGACGUCCUCUUGCAACACCUUCCCUUCGCCCAGAGGCCAUCCAAAGGACUCCAGUGGAAAAGCCGCUCUCGUCGAAUGACGCUCUCAUACUGGGGAUGAUAGUCGUAUGUACGGCCGCGGGGAUCGCAGCUCUGGUGGUCGCCGCUGUCUGCUGGUGCAGGAAUAAAGAGGAGGCCAAAGUUCCGGAAUCUGCAUCUUCGGACGAAGAAAACGAAGACGGGGACUUCACCGUCUACGAGUGUCCAGGCCUUGCUCCCACUGGCGAAAUGGAAGUGAAGAACCCUCUCUUUGACGACGCCUCGCUGCGUUCCCCGCCCACCAAGUUGCACCCGUGACCUCCGGCCAAGCAUGUUGUGGACCGCGUCUGCCCAGCCUUGGGUGUAGGAAUGUCCCAAACUGCCGGCAUCCUCACUACCUAAAGAACGGGUCUCCUUUGCAGCGCCUCCCGAACGUGAAUCUCCCCUCCCCACGCCAACAAAUGAAUCUCUGAAAUAAAUGCACACGAUUGGCCGCUGGGGAGGGCGGGCGGGUGGGUGGGGCUUCGCUCUCCAGCUCUUCAUUGCUUCCACUGCGACCCCCUAACUCAUAGCUGCCAAGUAGCCCGUUUUCCCCGGGAAAACCCCGUUUUUACUUACCUUUUCCCGGUGGCCCCCCGUCUCACUUCGUCUCCUGUUUUCCUCCGUUAUUUUCUCCUGCCGGCGGCCAUAUUUUUUCCCCUUUCCGAUUUGCCCUUCUGUGGGCACCAAAAAUGGCCGCCGGCGACUUCAAAAGCCGCACCUACGCAUGUCCGGAAGUGCACAGGCGCGACUUCCGGUGUCGUCGUCGGCCAUUUUUGGUGCCCGUAGAUGGGCGGAGCGACACCGGAAGCCGCGCCGGCGCACUUCCCGACACACGUGCAAGCGACUUUCGAAGCCGGCGGCGGCCAUUUUGGGCGCCCAUAGAAGGGCAAAGCGACGCCGGAAGUUACGUCGACGCAACUUCCGGCGUCGCACGGCUGCCGGUCCCGGAUUCCGCAGUCCGGGACUUGGAAGGUAAGUCCUAACUCCUCUUAGAUUCAACAACCUAUCACUAUUUAGAUGAUUGGGCGCGUGA